UCUUCUUCACGGACGAGCAAGGAAGCGAAUUUCUCCUUCCUUGUCCGAUUACCUUAUUUACGGUGGCUGACUUGCCGUUGAUUCUUCUCUAUAAGUGCUCUUCGUGCAACCGUUAAUAAUCGAUCGAGCUUCUCUUCUUUCCCUGUUGGCGUGAAUUGGUUUUUACAUGAUGGCUGGGAUUGCUGGUGUUCGGACGCUGGUUCUGGUGGGCAGGACAGGUAAUGGUAAAAGUGCAGCAGGGAACACUAUUCUUGGGAGGAGGGCUUUCAAGUCGAGGGCUAGCUCGUCGGGGGUGACGAGCACCUGCGAGUUGCAGCAAACUGUCCUGCCUGAUGGUUUGACUGUCAAUGUAAUUGACACUCCUGGGCUUUUCGAUGGUUCUGCUGGAAUCGGCGAUGUUGGAAAAGAAAUUGUCAGGUGUAUCGAUCUGGCCAAGGAAGGGAUCCAUGCUGUGGUUUUGGUCUUUUCUGUUAGGACCCGCUUUUCGGAGGAGGAAGAAGCUGCCUUCCAUACCCUGAGGACUUUGUUUGGAAACAAGAUAGUCAACUACAUGAUUGCUGUGUUCACUGGUGGGGAUGAACUUGACGAUAAUGAUGAAACUCUGGAGGAUUACUUGGGUCGUGAGUGCCCACAGCCUUUGAAGGACGUUCUUGCUCUCUGCGGGAACCGGCGGGUGCUUUUCGAUAAUAAGACGAAGGAUGAGGACAAGAAAAACGCCCAAGUUCGGGAGCUAUUUUCCCUUGUCGAUGCAGUGAUAAGCCAGAAUGGUGGAAAGCCUUUUUCAGAUGAGAUAUUUGCCGAAAUGAGGAAAGGAGCAAAGAAGCUCCAGGAGCAACAGGAAGCGGUUGGCUCUCUCAGAGGUUACAACCAAGGACAGAUACUGAAGUUUAAGGAAGAGAUGCAAAAUUCUUAUGAUGAGCAGCUGAAGCGAAUUUCUGAGAUGAUUGAAACUAAGCUGAUAGAGGAGGUCAAGAGGCUCGAUCAGAAGUUGGCAGAGGAGCAGGCCGCUCGUACGAGAGCUGAUGAGCAAGCACACUCGGCUCAGAAGAAGUCAGAUGACGAGAUUUGUAAUCUCAAGGACGAUCUGGCCAAAGCCAGGAGGGAGACUGAAGAGCUCCGUAAGCAGACCAAAGGAAAAUCAUCAUGCGCCAUUAUGUAAGACAGGGAUAUCUGGAGUAUGUUACGGUCUCGAAGAUUUCGAUAUCCACUUGUAUUGUGAUAGUAACCUAUGGAAUACUCUUGUGAUUGCUCCUAUCAUGUAAAUGGAUUUAUGGCUUGCAUUAUUUGCAUAUGAUUUUAAUUCCCCAAUGGGGCUUCCAUUAUUCACCAAAGAUCUUUAUAUCAGAUGAGAAUAUCCCUGCUUUAGUGCUCUGUACUUAAACUCAGAAUGUGUACAUAUGUAUGUAUAUACACACCUGUAUUUGUUUUA